UUUCUCUACUAUUGUAUUGACUUCAACGACGCAGGUAGAAUGAGAGAGCGCUCAUAAAUCAACAAAGCAUAGUAUCAAAAAGAAUGGCGAAUGGAGGCAGAAUUGUAUGUGUGACGGGUGCAGGAGGAUACGUGGCUUCAUGGCUUGUUAAGCUUCUUCUCUCCUCCGAUUACACUGUUCACGGCACCGUUCGUAAUCCUAGUGAUCCCAAAUAUGAGCAUUUGAAGAAGCUGGAGAAAGCAUCAGAAAAGUUGAAACUUUUCAAGGCUGAUUUACUAGAUUACGAUUCUAUGUCUACUGCCAUAAAUGGAUGUGUUGGUGUGUUCCAUGUUGCCAGUCCCGUUCCUUCCACUUCUGUGCCUAAUCCUGAGGUGGAGUUGAUGGAACCUGCAGUGAAGGGCACACUGAAUGUUCUCAAAGCAUGUUCAGAGGCAAAAGUAAAGCGAGUUGUCUUUGUAUCAUCCAGUACUGCUGUUCUCGUGAAUCCUAACUGGCCUGCUGGUCAAAUGAAGGAUGAAAAUUGCUGGUCUGACAAAGAAUAUUGCAAGAAAACUGAUAACUGGUACUCUGCUUCUAAAACAGAAGCUGAAUUGGAAGCUUUCGAAUAUGCGAGAAGAAGUGGUAUUGAUGUUGUAUCGGUUUGUCCAACACUUGUUUUGGGUCCUAUGAUGCAAUCAACUGUCAACUCAAGUAGCUUGGUGCUCAUUGAGCUUCUGAAAGAAGGAUAUGAAUCAACAGAAAACAAGCUUCGGAUGAUUGUAGAUGUGCGUGAUCUGACUGCUUCCCUGCUUAUGGUCUUUGAGAAGCCUGAGGCUGAAGGAAGAUAUAUAUGCACAUCUCAUCUUGUUAGGGUGAAGGAAUUGGUGGACAAGCUGAGAAGCAUCUAUCCCAACUAUAAUUAUCCAAAAAACCUGAUCGAGAUUGCUGAUGGAAAUGGUGUCAGUUCUGAGAAAUUACAGAAGCUCGGUUGGAGUUACAGACCGCUGGAGGAAACUCUGGUAGACUCUGUGGAGAGUUAUAAAAAGCUGGGACUGUUAGAUUAGAGGUGUAAGUGCAAUUUGUUAUUCAAGAAAGAAAAUAAAUGUUUUCUAGUCUUUACUACUGCUGGUUAUCUAUACAGGAUUACAGGACAUAGAAGACAUUAUGUAUCAUCAAUCAUGUAUGUAAACUUUUACCCACGACUAAAUAUUACUGUAAUUUUUGGUGUUCUUGAAUUGGAGCAUGGUUUCUUUGACAAUAAACAAAGAUGAACCCUAUGAUUUGUUUAUUAAAGCAUUCAUUUUAAUA